AUGUCAGCAAUUACAACCACACUUAUUGAUGAAUAUGAUAUCACUCCAAAGAUGAGUUCUGAACUUAGUCAAUAUACACCGAAUUUCUUAAAAACCUUACAGAUGAUAGAAAGAGAAACAAAGCACAAAGACGGCUUCGAGAAGGAAGUAAAAGCUAUAGCAAAAACUUUAGCUAAUUCUGCAAAAAAUGUCACUGCUGUAUCAUCACUACUUUUGCGUCUUAGAAGGGAAUUGAGUAAUCUUAAUGCUCCGAAAAAAAUAGUUGAAGCUACAAAAUUACCUGAUAUACCACAAAAAUGUAUUGAGGCUUUUGAAAGGAUUGAUUAUCCAGAUGAAUUCACAUUAGAAUCGGUUAGAGAAAGAUUGGAUGCAUAUGAUAUAAAAACUUCACCCAAUUAUUUAGCCCUUGCUGAUGUUAUGAUAAUGCUCUGUUUACGUCCAGCAGAAAUUACGACUUUAUGUAUUACAGAUGAAGGGUUUUUAGGAUAUGUGAAGGGGUCAACAAGAUAUUCCAAGAAAAUUCAUAUAUCUAUGGGAAAAAAUAAAGAACAAGCUAAGGAAUUACUUACCUGGAUACAAGAUACUAUUGCUUCUGGAAAAAUAGGUAAUCCAAGAAAACCUGAUGUAAAAUGUUUUAAUAUGUACUUAAAACCUUAUGGCCUUUUACCUAAACAUUUACAUAAAUUGAGAGCAGUAUAUGGUGCUGUAAUACAUGAAGCUAAAAAUCCAGCUCAUUUUAUGACAAUUUCUGGACAGUGUCUACGUCAUGCUCCUACGAACAAUGUUUCACCUGUACAAAAUUAG